CUGGAUCAAGCUAUCAGCGACUGCAACAUGGCUCUAAAAAACUUGAACCAAUGUGCCCAGUCCAUCAAACGAAACCGCGAAUCAAAGAUGGAUACUCUCACUUUGACAGAUCCGUUUGCAGACGAUUCCAAGGAUACAGCGGCACGUAAGCAAUCCGAAAGUAUCGUAGCGACUGCAGUUCAAGUCGCCUUUAAAGAAUCUCAAUGGGGUAUUGCUUGGAAAAUGAAUGCAUGCUUUGAGCGUCUGGGAUCUUUGCAUAUGACGCGUGGUUCAUGGCGCGAUGCUCAAUAUUAUUUCGAUCAAGGUCGUCUUCUCGGUGAACAGCUGAAAUCAGAUGCUAUGAAAUAUCAUUUUAUGUUAUCUCUAAGCGAUGCCUAUCUUCGCUGCGCCGAUCUCAAUCAUUGUGCAAGCCAACUCGAGGAAGCUUCCAAUAUACAGCCCCAUGGAUUUGCGUACAUUCGAGAGGAAGCGGAUUUGAAAAUGGCCAACGGCGAGUUGGACGCCAUCCGAAACUACCUUGACCAAGCCAUUGAAUCUUAUGAUAGGGCCGAUGAGCUGUUCCAGAAAUUAACCGACUCUGGUUACAUUGCAACUCUGGAAAAUCUUAUUGAAAGGUAA